AUGUCUUGCAGGGUGUAUGUGUUUGUGACGGUGCCGCACUUUCUGGAGCUGCUGCUGCUGUCUGGACACCCGAGCCACCGAGCUUUCUGCAGCAACUUGAAAUAUGUCAUUUUAGAUGAAGUUCAUAUUAUUUCUGAAGAACUAGAAGGUCCAAAAGUCGAAAGAAUCAUUCAAAUGCUGCCUUGUCCCUUCCUCGCCAUGUCCGCCACGGUGGGGAACCCGGACUCGUUUGUGGGGUGGCUGCGUCGCUGCGCGCCGCGGGGCGACGUGCGGCUAGUUUGCCACAAAGAGCGCUUCAGCGAUUUGCACAUGCACCUUUACUUGCAAGACAAAGUGCUGCCCUUCAACCCCGUGGCAGCGCUCCACUUCAACAAGGUCCUGGGGGAAGGCCUGGCUGAGGACUUUUACCUGCCUCCUGUGGACUCCUUGAAUUUGUAUUUGGCGCUUUCUCGGAUUUUAAAAACUUCAAAUUUAUUUUCUUUUCUUUUCAAUCCUUCUUUCUACUUCCAAGGCACCCCAGCCAUCACCAAAAAACAAUACAGCUUUUACUGGCAAACGAUGCGGGCGCACUUCGUGUAUAUGGUGCGGGAAAGCAAAGAAAUAGACUUGGAGGCAUUUUUGAAUUUGCAAAAUGAAAUUCAAUCUUUUAAAAGUUCUUGGGUCUCCGACCUGCAGCUAUUUAGGCCAAUAAAGGGGCUGGAAGCAGCAGCAGCAGCAACAGCAGCAGCAGCGGAGGCGGACGCAGCAGGCAGCAGCAGCAGGCAGAGCGCCCUGCAGCACUUCCGGAACUUGGAUGUUUUCCCGCGGGAUUAUCUGCAGCCUGAGAAACUCCUCGCCCUCUGCCGCACGCUCGACGCCAGGCGUUUGCUGCCAGCCCUCAUUUUCAACUUCUCCAGGCCCCAGGUGAGGCGAAUGGGCAUAGGCCUUUCUCGGCUGCUGGAGGAUCUGCAGCACAACAAGUAUUACGGCACUGAAGAAGCAGCAUAUAGAACAAGGGCAAUUAACAAACAGAGAAUGGAACGCUACGAGGAGCUGCUGCUGGAGUUCGAGCUGGCGCGCCGCAUGCACGGACUCUCGCGGCAGCAGCGCGAGGCCCAGGGCCUCACCAAAGAAGAACUCGCCAAAAUGGAGAGUGAGGGGCCCCCCCCCCCCCCCGAAGACAUUGCGAAAGAAAUAGACCCGGAGUUUUCGUUUGCAAACCCUAAGGCUUUGGGAACCAACUUCGACGAAAUCAAACACGUCAUCAAGGAGGUCCACGCAAGGUCCAGCAGCAAAGAAGAUCUGCUGCUGGUGAAGCUCCUGGAGAGAGGCGUGGGCCUUUUCGACGAUGGACUUUCGAAAAGCUACAGAGUUGCUGUCGAGCUUCUUUACAGAUGGGGAUUUCUGAGGAUCAUAAUCUGCACGCACGCGCUGGCGCUGGGAAUGAACUUGCCGUGUCGCUCAGCAGUUUUUGCUGGCGACGCGUUGGCGCUGACUCCCACAAUGUUCAAACAAGCCGGGGGCCGUGCAGGGCGCCGCGGCUACGACGCUGAGGGCCACAUAAUAUUUUGGGAAGUUCCACUGAAGAGAAUUAAUCGCCUUUUGGAGGCUCGCCUGCCCCUCUUCUCCGGGGAAUUCCCUGUAACUCCCAUGCUCUGCUUGAGAACUCUGCGUCUGAAUUCGCAGCUGGAGGCGCGGGGGGCCUUUGAGCAGCAACUUGAUGCUGCUUUCAAAAGACUUUUUUUGAAUCCUUUAUUUUCUCUUUCUGCUUCCAACAAAAUGCCUUCUGAAGAGCAGCUCCAGGUCCUCAGGUUCCACAUCAGAUACCACGUCAGGUUCACUUCCGAUUUGCUGCUGCGUUCUGGGCUGCUGGCUCGCUUCGUGCACACUGAAGAAGAUUGUGGUUUAAACAUUUUUGGAUUUAUUGCGGAACUGCUAUACGAGAACGGCAGCGGCGCGGUGCUGCUGCUCUUCUUGCUGCUAGCAGGUUGUUUGGGGGACAUAGCAGCAGACCCGCAGCGGAGCACGGGGGAGAAGGAACGUUUGCUGCUGCAGCUGCUGUGCUUAUGCUGCGACCCGAGCAGCAGCAGCAAAGUGCAAUCGAAUUUCGUGCUGCAGCAGCUGCUGCUGCAGCGGCGCGCAGCAGCGCGGCAGCGCGCGCGAGCUGCUGCUGCUACUGCAGGCUGGGAAGCAGCAGCAGCAGAACUUGCUGCAGCAAACCUGCAGCAGCAAGCAGCAGAAUCCGUCAGACCUUUCAGCCCGAAGCUGCCAAGAGAUGCUCAAAUAGCUGUUGAGGCUUUUUAUCAAAUGGCGCUGCGGAGUACAUACAGCUGCUUGGUUGCAGCAGCAAAUGCACUGCGGGGGCAAAAGGGCUGGGGAGAAAAAGAUGUUUCUUUGCCAUUUACGGGUUUGUACUUUGGAGUUAAUCCCGAAGACCAGCAGCAGCAGCAGCAGCAGCAGCAGGGAGAGGGCAAGACGCUGCUGGAGGAGUACAAAGAGACGGUGCACGGGUUCAGCCUGCAGUCUCCGUUUGGGGCUUUGAGUUGCAUGCGGGAUGAAGAAGUUGGAGUGUCUUUGGAGGUUUUAGAAGACAACAUUGAAGUGUCUUUGCCAUUUCCAAAAGAAACAUUAGCAGCAGCAGGAGCUGCUGCUGCGCUGCUGCGGCUGCCGCGCUUCGCACCGCCCCCAAACACCAGCAGCAGCAGCAGCAGCAGCAGCAGCAGCAGGCGCACCACGGAGCUGCUUGCUGCCAACAGUUACCUCAGCGAUCUUUAUGUUCAUGGGAAACUCGCCAGAGUUGUCAGCGAAAAUGGAGUUCCUCCUGAGCAGCUGUGGCUGCUGCUGCAGCACUUUGUGUUGUCUUUGAGCCGGCUGAGCAAGGGGCUGCUGCUGCUGCAGCAGCAGCAGCAGCAGCAGGGCGGCUGCAGCGCCAAAGUCGAGCUGCUGCUGCCCUUCGUCGAACAAAUUUGCGCCCGAAUGAAAUCUGUCCUCAAGGAAGAGUCUGCUUAG